AUGUAUGGUGGCAAUCCUAAUAUAAUGAGAGAACUGCAAUCUGAUAUGUGGAUUGAACGAAAUAUUCCUGGUGGAUUAAAUAGUUCAUUGGGAGAAUAUGUUGAUAAUGUAGUAGGUGGAAAUCCAAACCCUACCUAUGGUCAAAUUGUUGGAGGUUAUCCUGGAGUUGGUGGAUAUGGAAGUCAUGGACACGGAGGUCAUGGACACGGAAGUCAUGGACAUGGAGGUCAUGGAUUCGGUGGAUCGUCACAUGGUCAUAGAUCUAAUCAUUCACAGUAUUCCCAUUAUGGUAGUUCAUAUGGUUAUUCAAGUAAUACAUUAAAUAUGUAUGGUGGCAAUCCUGACAUAAUGAGAGAACUGGAAUCUGAUAUGUGGAUUGAACGAAAUAUUCCUGGUGGAUUAAACAGUCCAUUGGGAGAAUAUAUUGAUAAUGUAGUAGGUGGAAAUCCAAACCCAACCAUUGGUCAAGUCGUUGGAGGUUAUCCUGGAGUUGGUGGAUUUGGAGGUCAUGGAUUCGCACACGGCCAUGAAUCUGGUGGAUUUGCACAUGGCCAUGGAUCAGGUGGGUUCGCACAUGGCCAUGAACCUGGUGGAUUUGCACAUGGCCAUGGAUCAGGUGGAUUCGCACACGGCCAUGAACCUGGUGGAUUUGCACAUGGCCAUGGAUCUGGUGGAUUCGCACACGGCCAUGAAUCUGAUGGAUUUGCACAUGGCCAUGGAUCUAGUGGGUUCGCACACGGCCAUGAAUCUGGUGGAUUUGCACAGGCCCAUGGAUUUGGUGGAUUCGCACACGGUCAUGAAUCUGGUGGAUUCGCACACGCCCAUGGAUCUGAUGGAUUGGCACAUAGUCAUGGAUUCGGUGGAUUGACACACGGUCAUGGAUCUGGUGCGUUUGGAGGUCAUGGAUCUAGUGCGUUGGCGCACGGUCAUGAAUCUGGUAGAUUCGGAAGUCAUGGAUCUGGUGGACGGGUACACGGUCAUGGAUCUGGUGAAUUCGGAGGUCAUGGAUCUAGUGUAUUGGUACAUGGCCAUGAAUCUGGUGGAUUCGGAGGUCAUGGAUCUGGUGGAUUAGCACACGGUCAUGGAUCUGUUGGAUUCGGAGGUCAUGGAUCUAGUGCAUUGGCACACGGUCAUGGAUUCGGUGGAUUGCCACAGGGUCAUGGAUCUAGCCAUUUUACAUAUUUCAGUUAUGGUAGUUCAUAUGGCUAUUCAAGGCAUUGA